CGCGGCAGUCUACAUAGGCUUGCUGCAGUGAAUAGCUUGCUCUUGGCGUGGUUUUAGAUGGGGCAGAUCCAUGGAUGCGAAGGGCCGCGGCUGCAGACGUCAUGCCUGUGAAGCGCAGACAUCACACGGACGAUCGUCGAGUGCCACAAUUAGCAAAGGCGCUUGCGAGGUUGAACAGCCCGCUUGCUGUCUUUUGCAGUAAUCUCCAACGUGUGUUCAGUACUCACGGUGCGGCGAUCGGACACUUCAGCGAAUGUUUGGUGCUGCGUCAUAGCUAGUGCGCGCUGAUUCGAGAAAGCUUCACAGCUCACCGUUUCCCCACACUCGAACAUCGAAGCUUCCACAGCAAUGCAUGUAUCCAGAAGAGGCCUCAGUGCAUGUGCACAGCCCCGAAGAAGCUUCACUAGAGCUCUUCGUCCGUUUCCAGCUUCCCAAACACAGAGGAGGCGUGCGCACGCCGCAGCUGUCGCCCCCAAAUGGAAGCCUUCUUCAGCCCUCGAUGAAUGGGUGCAGCGUGAAGCGCGGCCCAUAAGCCUGCGCCAAUUGACCUUCUUUGGCAGGACGCUCACCGAGUCGCGUUUGAUCGACUCGGCCAACUACUGCCGGCUAGAGCUGCCAACAAGACUUGCCCACCGCCUGCGCGACAUCCAAACUCUUCCGUAUGUCGUCGUUGCAAAUCCUCACCUUGCCCACGUAUAUGAGUCGUACCUGCAAGCCUUCGAGCGCUUCCGCCGCGUUCCCGAGAUUCGAUCUGUAGAAGAUAAUGACCGGUACUGCAAAGUGCUGGAAGACACCUUGAAGGAGCAUGCCACCGUCAUACCGCGACUGGCGAUUGGCGUGCUUGAGGUGCGCAACCUCAUGAAGCCUGAUGAGACAGACAAGUUCAUGACUACAAUGCUGCGAGCGCGCAUCUCUAGGCGGGUGAUCGCAGAGCAGCAUCUUGCUCUAAGCGAUACGUUCAACUCACCGUGGCAUUUUCCAAAUGCGCAAGCCCCGCAGGAUCAGGAAGCAGUCGGCGAGAUCUUCCUGCGAUGCAACGCCAAAGAAAUCGUCGAGUCGUGCGGCAAGACCACGCAGGAGCUGAUCAAGCGUGCGUACGGCGACCAUGUCGAGAUUCCUGAGAUCAAGAUCUACGGACACCUGGACGCGACCUUCCCGUACAUUCUGAGCCAUCUCGAAUACAUUAUCGGCGAACUGCUGCGCAACUCGAUACAAGCUGUCAUUGAGCAGCGCAAAUCCAAGGAUGCGAAACCUCCACCGAUCGAGGUCCUAAUCUGCGAGACUUCGCAGCAUGUCAUCAUUAGAAUCUCGGAUCAGGGCGGUGGGAUACCCAAUGACCUGUUGCCGUACCUGUGGAGUUUCAGUAAGGGCCCACGUCGUGAGAAGAGGCUGAAAAAUCUCGCUAGGGUACCAAAGCUCUUAGGCACGCUGCAAGAACUACAGGUCGGUGAUAAGUCGGCAUCUGAGCUGCAACAGAAAUACAGUGCAAGAUCAGGUGAUGCUGAAGUCCACAGGGGCUCGCUGGCAUCUUUGACCUCAAGAGCGCCUGACCUUCGACUUGGCAUUGGCCUUCCAAUGUCGCGACUGUAUGCCGAGUAUUGGGCUGGGAGUCUAGAGAUCCACAGUCUUGAAGGGUAUGGCGUUGACGCUUUCCUCCAAAUCUCCAAGCUUGGCAACAAGAAUGAGCGACUCACCACACGUGCGUCAAUGGAUGCCAUUUAGAAGGUGUGGCUACCUUCAGGGUGCCCUUUGGCAGCUGCCGCCCAAGAUAGUCAUUGGAGCCUACAUUAACAGUCUGUGGUUCUUCGCCGACCACGCACCAGCCAGCGCUGUAUUUUUUGCAAGCAUCAUUCAACACCGGAGCACGCAACAUUCAUCAUGGAGACAGUCAGUAUUGUCACCGCGAAUCCUGACAUUCGCUGACUG